AGCUGUGCAGCUCAAACGAUGUCAAAUCUAAUUUACGAAGUCAGAGGGCAAACGUCCUGGUCACAGAGGAGUGUUUGCCUCAAACAUCUUAUCCCUCGUCAUUUAUCAGAAGAUAUAAUGACGAAUAUUGUUUACAAGGCUGAAGCACACGAGACUCUAAGAUUCAAAUCCUGUGGAUGCAAUGUAGCACGACUCCUCAGCAUGACCUAAAUGAACUCCCCCCCAACCUGUGCAUAUUCAGGGAUGGAUCCUAUGAACCUCACAACUGUCAUUGACAACGGGUUCUUGGACGAAGCUCCAUCGAGCCGCGUCCUAACUGGCUGCUUCCUCACGCUGCUUAUCCUCACCACCCUGCUGGGAAACACGCUCGUUUGUGCCGCUGUAACCAAGUUUCGACACUUGCGCUCCAAAGUUACCAACUUUUUUGUGAUCUCGCUGGCUGUGUCGGACCUCUUGGUCGCCAUACUGGUGAUGCCGUGGAAAGCGGUGACAGAGAUAGCCGGGUUCUGGCCGUUUGGCUCCUUCUGUGACACCUGGGUGGCUUUUGACAUCAUGUGCUCCACGGCAUCUAUUUUGAACCUUUGUGUGAUAAGCUUGGACCGCUACUGGGCCAUCUCCAGCCCUUUUCGCUAUGAGAGGAAGAUGACGCCCAGAGUUGCCUAUGUGAUGAUCAGCGUGGCCUGGACGCUUUCUGUGCUAAUUUCUUUCAUCCCAGUGCAGCUCAACUGGCACAAGGCCCAUAGUUUCAACGCUACAUUGUACCGCAGCCCAGAGAACUGUGACUCGAGCCUGAACAGGACCUAUGCCAUCUCCACCUCGCUCAUCAGCUUUUACAUCCCAGUGGUAAUCAUGGUGGCCACCUACACUCAAAUAUACCGCAUUGCCCACAGACAAAUCAGGAGGAUCUCUGCCCUGGAGCGAGCUGCCGAAAGUGCCAAAAACAGACACGACAGCAUGGGCAGAGGCUCCAGCAUCGCAGAGUCCGAGAGCUCUUUCAAAAUGACGUUCAAGAGGGAGACCAAGGUGCUGAAGACGCUGUCGGUGAUCAUGGGGGUUUUUGUGUGCUGCUGGCUCCCAUUUUUCAUCCUCAACUGCAUGGUGCCCUUCUGCGAGCAGUCGAGCGGAGGGGAGGCUUUUCCCUGCAUCAGCCCCACCACGUUUGACGUGUUUGUGUGGUUCGGCUGGGCUAAUUCCUCCCUCAACCCCAUUAUCUAUGCCUUCAAUGCAGAUUUCCGCAAGGCCUUCUCCAUCCUGCUGGGCUGCCACAGACUGUAUCCAGGAGGCCACAACAUGGAGACGGUCAGUCUAAACAAGAAAUGACUCACAACUCUCUCACAGCACUGACUCAUCCUUAAUGCUAAGAGUCCUAGUUCCUGUAGAAGCCGGUUUGAUCGACUUCAAAUGAGGACGCAGCUGACUCUUAGUGUGACUGAAAGAUACG